AUGUCGGCGACAACGAAGAACAUGAGGACACACCUCAGCAGCUGCGACGCUGUUCCUUCUCCACUUGGGCCACUAAUGAUCGGCGAGACACUCGAGUAUGAAGAGGAGGAACGUCGUGCUUCCGGGACACAGGCUCUUAUUACUCAAUUGAACGCUAAGGUCUAUCCGAGACGUAGCCGAGAAGAGCAUGGCCAAGGCAUUGAUCAAGGCACUGUCGGUUACACUUGGAGUAGACGGAGCGACGAAUAUCCUCUCUAG